GUACCGACACCCAACAUAAACAUCAUCCUAAUGUACUAGAGAUUAUCAUAGCCUCUGUAAACCACAGCAUCCCUGCAGAGAUCGGAUCGAGACAGACAGGUGAUGAUAUCAGUCUUAUGAUAUAUAUAUAUAUAUAUAAAAGUAUCGGUAGCGGUAUCGGUUAUUAUUGCGGCUCUCUCGCCACACCCUGCGCGCGCAGCUCUGACUCACGAGGACACACUGUCAUCCUGCGCACAUUCACAUUCACUAACAGCACAGCAUCUCGGCACACAUCGCUUCAGCCAUGGGAGAAUCAGAGACGCGUCAGAGGCUGCUGCGCAACGUCAAGAAGGAGGUCAAGCAGAUCAUGGAGGAGGCCGUGACCCGCAAGUUCGUGCAUGAAGACAGCAGUCACAUAUUUUCUUUCUGCGGUGUGGUGGAAGCGUGUGUUCUUCAUGGGCUGAAGCGCCGGGCCGCCGGGUUCCUGCGCAGUAACAAGCUGGCGGCUCUUUUCAUGAAGGUGGGCAAGAUGUUUCCGCCAGCUGAGGAACUGUGCAGGAAGGUCCAGGAACUGGAGCAAAUCAUAGAGAACAAACAAAACCAGAGCCAGAUGAGUCAAGAGAGCGUCCGAAAACAUCCCCGGCCACCCAACCUGUCCCCGCUGGCCAUCAAACACCUCUGGAUCCGCACUGCGCUUACAGAGAAGAUGCUGGACAAAAUCGUGCAUUACAUGGUGGAGAACAGCAGCAAGUUUUAUGAAAGAGAAGCUCUUCUGAGAGAUCCAGUUGACGGCCCAAUCCUCGCAUCUUUGCUUGUCGGGCCGUGUGCUCUGGAUUACACUAAAGCCAAGACGGCCAAUCACUUCUGGACGGACCCGUCGGCGGACGAGCUGGUGCAGAGACACCGCAUCCACAGCGGACACUGCCGCCAGGACUCUCCCACGAAACGCCCCGCGCUCAUUCAGAAGAGGCAGUCGAGCGGCAGCCUGGACGACAGGCCUUCUCUCUGGGCUCGCGAUUACGUCCAGUCUCUUCAUCAAAACUCCAGAGCCACGUUGCUCUUCGGGAAGAACAACGUCCUCGUGCAGCCGACAGACGACACUGAAUCUAUCCCAGGAUACCUCUCUCUACAUCAGACGGCGGAUCUGAUGACACUGAAAUGGACACCGAACCAGCUGAUGAACGGAAACGUGGCGGAGUUUGAUUAUGAGAAAAGUGUGUAUUGGGAUUUUGCGAUGUCCAUUCGUCUAGAGGAGAUCGUCUAUUUGCACUGUCAUCAGCAUGUGGACAGUGGUGGUACUGUGGUUUUGGUCAGCCAAGACGGGAUCCAAAGACCUCCGUUUCGAUUCCCAAAAGGAGGCCACAUUCUCCAGUUCCUCACGUGUCUGGAGACGGGCCUCCUCCCUCAUGGCCAGUUAGAUCCUCCUCUGUGGUCCCAAAGAGGAAAGGGAAAAGUGUUCCCAAAACUGCGUAAACGGAGUCCACAUGGAUCCUGCGAGUCAUUCUCAGACAAAGAUGAAGAUGAGGCCACGGAUUAUGUGUUUCGGAUUAUAUAUCCAGGCAGUCAGGAGUUUGUUGGCCCAGAACUGAUCGACCAGAGUGUGAACAUGUGGCAGCCCACACCGAGGAAGUCGUCUUGUUCUUCAUGUUCACAGAACGGCUUGUUGGACGGUGGACUUCCCAACGGAUGCAACCACGACAGGGCGCCGCUGAAGCUACUCUGUGAGACCAUGAAGCACCAGAUCAUUUCCCGCGCUUUCUACGGCUGGUUGGCGUACUGCCGUCACCUGUCCACCGUCCGCACGCACCUGUCGGCUCUGGUGAAUGCCACUAUUGUUGAGACGGACAUCCCUUAUGAUGCCAAAGGUGGUCUGUCUGCAGAAGUGUGGAAGAUGUUCCUACAGGACAGUGCUGCGUACGAGGAGGAGGAACUUCUUCGGCUGGUAUAUUAUGGAGGCGUGGAUCCCUCUCUACGCAAAGAGGUCUGGCCGUUUCUCUUAGGCCACUAUCACUUCACCAUGAGCCUCGACGAACGCAAAGAGGUGGACGAGCAGAUUCGAGCGUGUUACGAGCAGACCAUGAGCGAGUGGUUGGGAUGUGAAGCCAUCGUGCGCCAGCGAGAGAAGGAACAACACGCUGUCGCUCUGGCCAAAUGCGCGUCGGGCGCUAACGUGGACAGCGGAUUGCGCCAGGACUCCACCAUCAGCACGGACUCGUCUCAGAGCAGCGGCUCCGAUAAACAGAGUCACGCAGGAUCACACAGCGACUCCAACAGCAGCACUCGGGUGUUUGGGUCUGUCGAUGAGGUCGACCCGAUUGAAUCUGAGCCCAAACCAAAAGACGAGAAGCCACAGCCCAAAAUCCCAAACGGCACUCUCCCAAAUUGCACUAGUUCUCCAGACUCCGGUCACCCGUCGUCUCGUAACUUCUCCGUGACUUCAGCGCUCUCAGACGGCUCUCCGAGCACAGAGGAGACGUCCACACAAGAGCCCAAAACCACAACUCGAGACCCGCCAUCACAACAUCAGACUGACCUGGAGAAGGCGGCCAACGAGGAUCCAGCAGAAAACAGCUCGACUACUCAGGAUACGGUCAAAGAUGCUGUAGUUUCACAAACAGAGAGUGUCCGUUCGGAAAGCGAGUCAGUAAAGCCUCUAGAAAGUGAGACUUCUGAAACAUCUGGGACUGAACUGCAUCAGGAAAUCGAUUCAGUGAAAGAUAAAGACACGACUAAAGAAAACACAGAAGUUAAAAUGCAACCCAGUGCAAGAAAAUCCGAAGAAAAUGAAAAAUGUGAACUUGGUUCUUUAAAAGAUCCUAUUGAAGAAAUGACAAAAUCAUCAGAGUCAAAGGAGGUUGAGAUUGAAGUCGAUUCAGUGAAAGAUAAAGACACGACUAAAGAAAACACAGAAGAUAAAAUGCAAACCAGUGCAAGAAAAUCUGCAGAAAAUGAAAAUAAAUGUGAACUUGGUUCUUUAAAAGAGCCUAUUGAAGAUAUUACAAAAUCCUCAGAGUCAAAGGAGGUUGAGCUUGAAGGAUGUUUAACGUCUGAAGAUGAAAACUCAAAAUCAAAGACUGAUAAAGACACAGAUUUAAAAGUAAACCAAGGCGAGGAUGAUACAAAACCAACUGAUCAAGAAAUGAAUCAAACUGAUGAAUGUUCACAGAAUGUGACCGAAUGUGAAGCUGAAACCAUCAGCACACCGCAAACAAUCAACUGGGACUCUGAUCACACCAUUAACACAUUAUUAAUCAAACAAAUCACCGAAUCCGAGUCGGAAAGCUGCGGUCCCGUCACUUCCCAAUCAAAACAAUCUCCAGACAUGUCUGACGACUCGCCGUCGGCUCUGGAAAUGGAGGAGAUCGCUUCAUCCGUGGUUUAUAUGUCCUCAGAGACGCACAUAUCCCGGACUCCUCUGACGCUGGCUCGUCCGAUGGGAACGCCUGCGCUGGAGCUCUGCAUGGAGCCGGGCGUCAACACCACACCCGAGGGAACCGACUCCGCGCUCUCCGACGAGGAACCCGAGAUCGACAACUUAUUCCCCAAGCCAGACUCUCUCACGGUCACGGGGGAUAAGAUCGACAUCGCGUCUCCAGUGUCGUCCAUCGGGACAACAUACUCGCAGGAGCUGGUAGACCUGUACACACUCAAUCUACAUCGCAUUGACAAAGACGUCCAGCGAUGUGACAGAAACUAUUGGUAUUUUACCCCCAUAAACCUGGAGAAACUGCGUAACAUUAUGUGCAGUUAUGUGUGGCAGCACCUGGACAUUGGAUACGUCCAGGGAAUGUGUGACUUACUAGCGCCCCUGCUGGUCAUCCUGGAUGAUGAGGCCAUGGCUUUCAGCUGCUUCACUGAGCUCAUGAAACGAAUGAACCAGAACUUCCCUCAUGGAGGAGCCAUGGACACACACUUCGCCAACAUGCGUUCCCUCAUCCAGAUCCUGGACUCAGAGCUCUUUGAGCUGAUGCAGCAGAACGGGGACUACACACACUUCUACUUCUGCUACCGCUGGUUCCUCCUGGACUUCAAGAGAGAAAUGGUGUAUGAUGACGUGUUCUCUGUGUGGGAGACCAUCUGGGCCGCCCGUUACGCCUCCUCCGAGCACUUUGUGCUCUUCAUCGCGCUGGCGUUGGUCGAGCUGUACCGAGACAUUAUCCUGGAGAACAACAUGGAUUUCACAGACAUCAUCAAGUUCUUUAACGAAAUGGCUGAACAUCAUGAUGUCCCGAAGCUGCUGGUCAUGGCCCGAGACCUGGUGCACAAGGUCCAGAUCCUGAUUGAGAACAAGUGAACAACUUCCUUCUCAUUCUGCCUACCAUCAUCCAUCUAAAGACGCAAUGUGUCUGUUUUUGGCCAUUAUGAGAAAACAAAACCCUCAGCUACAGUAAAUGCCAAACCAGUGUUUUCAUCUGCCCCGAUUUCAUCAAUAUAAAGAGUAUAAAUAUUGAAAUAGGAAGGUGUGGCGGGAUAUAUCAGUGUUUUUUAAAUACCCAAUAGCCCAUUUGAAUGG